UAAGAGAAAUUAAUCAGCUAAGCUCUACUCUGCUUAUCGUCGAGCUCGAAUCUGAUUUGAAAGGUUUGUGUAUCGAAUAUCGAUGGAGGACAUUUCCGACUUCCGCCAAUGAUUUUGAUCGGCCUCGAUGAACUUCCUUUCGGAUUCUUAAUACUUUGUACUGUUAGGGUUUUUUAGUUUCAGACAGGAUUGUUUUCUUGCUUCGUUCAACAGAUCUCAUUCGCUUGUUGAUCGGAACGACCGGAUUUUUUUAUAUUGAAUGUCUCGGGUAAAUCGUCUAUUCUUCGUGGUCUGCUCCUGUCCUGUCGGAUGAUGUUGUGAUUCUUUUAAGCAAUGCAAGUAUUGACUGCUUUAUUUGUUUGAUUUGCACUAUUAAAUCUAGUGCUGCUUUCCAUUGUAUUAGUAAUGGUUUCUGCGAAUGACCCAGUAGAUUCCUUCUUUAAUUCCCUUCACGCUGUUAAGGGUGCUCUUUUACCACUUGAAGCUGGAAUUCGUCGCGCUGCUAAGGAUCUAGAAUAUUGCUGGGCGGGUCCGAGAAGUGGGGCGAAUAAUCUUGAAUUGUUCCCCAAACUGAAUUUCGGUGCUGCCGAGAACAGUAAGAGGAGUUCUUCUCUAAAGAAGAAACAGUGCGAGGAAGUUGUUGAUGACAGAAAAAAAAACUUAUUGUUAAAAUUUCCGAUCAAGACGUUCUUGGGAACGUUUAUUCCCAACUCCGGAGCCAAUGACCGCAGGGCCGAGCUUCUGAAGAAAGGAUCCAAAGAAAAGGACUCAGUUGGAGAGAAGGUCUCUUGUACUAACUGCUUGCAGUUUGCAGUUACCUGGUCUUUGUUGCUUAACAAUUUUGUUCAGGCGUUUCCAAGUCCAUUCAAAAACGUAAGGAAACGUUUUCAGAAACAGGGUGCCCAAGACAAUAAUUGUUCAGAUUCAUGCAAAGAAUCAACAUCGUCAGGGGUGGCAUCUAAACCGAAGCAGAGGGAUGAUGUUCAAUUUUCUGGGUCAUUUCAGAACAAGGGCACAACGUGCAAGGAAGGGGACAAUUUGUCGUUGGAACUCCUUAUAGGUUUAAUAUUUGACCAGAUCACCCAAAAUCUUCAGAUAUUUGACCAGGGUAACCAGCAAACAUGUCAUAAGAGUGGUCAAGCCGAAACUUUGCCUAAAUUUGAUCACUUAGGGUUAAUUACAGGUAUACUUAAAGGGAAAAAGGCAGAUGUUGAUUACUUUCUUGGGAACUUGAGGUUUGCAAAAGUCGGAGGUGUGCCAUCAAGUCUAGUAGGAGCAACUUCUUCUGUCAAAGCAGAGAGUGAAGAUGACGUCUCUGCUGGUAACAGGGAAGAAACAGAAAGCAGUUCACCUAAGAAGCCCGCAAAUGGGUUGCUUAACAUUCCAUUAUCAAAUGUUGAGCGAUUGCGGUCCACACUCCCUACUGUUUCAUUGACAGAACUGAUUGAGCUUCUCCCUCAAAUAGGGAAGUCCUCUAAAGAACAUCCUGACAAGAAAAAGUUAUUCUCUGUGCAGGAUUUCUUCAGGUAUACUGAGUCUGAAGGAAGGCGGUUCUUUGAGGAGCUCGAUAGAGAUGGAGAUGGCCAGGUAACGCUAGAAGAUCUUGAAGUUGCCAUGAGAAAGAGAAAAUUACCUCGGAGAUAUGCUCGGGAAUUUAUGCACCGCACUCGAAGUCACUUAUUUUCAAAAUCGUUUCGGUUAAAACAGUUUUUGUCCUUGAUAGAGCAGAAGGAACCUACCAUUCUUCGGGCUUAUACAACUCUAUGUUUGAGCAAAUCUGGAACACUGCAAAAGAGUGAAAUCUUGACUUCUCUUAAAAAUGCUGGACUUCCAGCCAAUAAAGAUAACGCUGUUGCCAUGAUGCGCUUUCUGAAUGCUGACACCAAAGGAUCUAUAUCCUAUGGUCAUUUCCGAAAUUUCAUGUUACUUCUUCCUUCUGAUCGACUUGAAGAUGAUCCCCGGAAUAUAUGGUUUGAAGCUGCUACUGUUGUUGCUGUUGCACCACCGGUGGAAAUUCCUGCUGGAAGUGUUCUGAAAUCUGCGUUGGCAGGGGGGCUUGCUUGUGCGCUGUCCACUUCUCUAUUGCAUCCCGUUGAUACUAUGAAGACUCGAGUGCAAGCAUCAACACUCUCUUUCCCAGAACUUGUGUCAAAGCUUCCUCAAAUUGGAGUUCGGGGAUUGUAUCGGGGUUCUAUCCCCGCUAUUCUUGGUCAAUUUUCUAGCCAUGGAUUGCGAACUGGAACCUUUGAAGCAAGCAAGCUUAUAUUAGUAAAUGUGGCCCCAACACUUCCAGAAAUUCAGGUCCAAUCUGUAGCAUCCUUCUGCAGUACAAUAUUGGGAACAGCAGUGCGGAUUCCCUGUGAGGUAUUGAAGCAAAGGUUACAGGCUGGCAUUUUUGACAAUGUAGGUGAGGCAAUUUUGGGGACUUUGCAUAAAGAUGGGAUCAGGGGUUUUUUUCGGGGGACUGGUGCGACACUUUGCCGUGAAGUUCCUUUCUAUGUUGCUGGCAUGGGGCUCUAUGCUGAGUCCAAAAAGGUUGUGCAGCAGCUUUUGAAACGGGAUCUGGAGCCUUGGGAGACAAUUAUGGUUGGGGCUUUAUCUGGAGGGCUUGCUGCUGUUGUCACCACUCCAUUUGAUGUGCUGAAGACAAGGAUGAUGACCGCACCGCAGGGUCUGCGAGUGUCAACGUCAAUGAUAGUCUUCUCCAUCCUUCGUCGGGAAGGACCUCUUGGCCUUUUCAAGGGUGCAGUGCCUAGGUUCUUCUGGAUUGCACCUUUGGGUGCAAUGAAUUUUGCAGGCUACGAGCUCGCAAAGAAGGCUAUGGACAAGACCGAAGAGGGGACAGUUGAUUAGCUUCCUCAAAAGAGGCUGACCUCCUCUGGCUGAAAGUCACUGCUACAAGGGGAAAACAACAAUAUUUGGUACUGCCUUCCAUUUCCCGUUUAUGUAGGCUGGAUGAUUUAAGCUUUUCUGGCUUUAACAGCAUCUUAUGCUUCCAGUUUUCUGUCGAAAUCUCUGCUCGCUUUGUCGUGACAUUGUAAUAUCUGAGAUUAGGUAAUCGCUUCUUUUCUUUCA